GGGUUAAAUCCAACAUGGCCGAACACUUUAAGGAGUGCUACCAAAACUCACACUUCAAAUGACAUAAUAUUAUUGCACAGCGGUGUUGCUUUUAUAUUUCAAAGGAAACCCCUGUGUCGUGAUGUGGCUGCCACUUCACACAGUUUGUUCAAGAAGCCAGACGGUCUGCAGGAGAAGCUUCGCCGCCGUUAGGGCUAACUUUAUUGCUAAUGCUAACGCUUCUCUCUUCAGUCAUUCAGCUGGACUUGCAGCACAAACAUACACGGCUCUUCUGUACAGAAAACACGGAGACCCGUCUCAAGUCGUUCAGUUGGAGGAUGUAGCUCUGCCCCCCAUAGGUGCAAAGGAUGUCCUGGUUAAAAUGCUGGCAGCUCCAAUAAACCCAUCUGACAUCAACAUGAUUCAAGGUACUUACGCUAUCCUGCCUGACCUCCCAGCUGUUGGGGGCAACGAGGGAGUGGCCCAGGUCGUGGAGGUGGGUAGCCAGGUGAAGUCCCUCAAAACAGGAGACUGGGUCAUUCCAAAAGAUGCUGGGCUAGGGACAUGGAGGACAGAGGCAGUGUUAGCUGAGGACGAUGUCAUCUCGCUGCCAAAUGACAUUCCCUUGUUGUCUGCUGCCACACUGGGGGUGAAUCCCUGCACUGCCUUCAGGAUGCUCUCAGACUUUGAAGAUCUCAAGCCAGGUGAAACUGUGAUACAGAAUGCAGCCAACAGUGGAGUUGGGCAGGCUGUAAUUGAAAUUGCUGCUGCAAGAGGAAUAAACACUAUUAACGUUGUCAGAGACAGGCCAGAGUUCACACAGCUCAGUGAUAGGCUGAAGGCUAUCGGCGCAACUCACGUGAUCAAAGAAGAGGCACUGAGGCGGCCUGAGAUUAAGGAACUGUUCAAGGCCUGUCCAAAGCCUAAACUGGCACUGAAUGGAGUUGGAGGCAAGAGUGCAACAGAACUGCUCCGUCACCUACAGUUUGGAGGAUCUAUGGUGACGUAUGGAGGGAUGGCCAAACAGCCAGUUACUGUCCCUGUGAGUGCUCUUAUUUUCAAGGAUGUGAAGGUUCGGGGAUUUUGGGUCACAAAGUGGAAAAAAGACCACUCAAACGAUGGAAGAGCAUUCAGAGCCAUGCUGGAUGAACUGUGCCACCUCAUCCAGCAGGGAAAGCUGACAGCUCCUGCCUGCAACCAGGUGGGUCUACAAGACUACAGCAAAGCUCUGGACGCAGCCAUGCAGCCUUUCACUUCAGCUAAACAGGUCCUGAUCAUGUGAACAGGCCCAUCUUCUAAUCACUACACUGUCAAGACCAAAGUGUAUAAAUUGAAGUGAAACAGGACUGCCACAUUAAUGUUGUCAAUCAAAUAAACUGCUCAAGCACAUACUCAAUAAAUAUGUCUUUACAGCA